GUUACACCGGGCACCGCGAGGUCCAGCCGGGAGUCGCGGAGAUGGAGCCCCCGGCCGCCCCGCUCAUCCCGGGGGUGGGGGACGAGGUGACGCUGGUGGCCGGGGUGGCCGUGCUGGCGCUGGCGCUGGUGCUGGCCUGGCUGUCCACGUACGUGGCCGAGGGCAGCAGCCAGCUCCUGGGCACCGGGGACGCGGCCGUCAUCCGCCUCGGGCCCCUCCCGCCCUACGCGGGGCCCGCGGGAGCGGCCGAGGCCCCGGAGCCCCCCGGGAGCCCCGAAAGCGCGGAGGAGAAAGCGGAGGAGGAAGGGGGGGCGGCGGCGCGGGGGGACAGCGGGAGCCCCCCCGAUGCCGGCCUGGACGUGCGGAGCUUGGCCCGGGACCCCACCGAGCCCGGUGCCCCCGGGGCGGGGGACGCGUGCUCCGGCCUCAUCAAGAUCCGCCUCAAGUUCCUCAACGACACCGAGGAGGUGGCGGUGGCCCGGCCCGAGGACACCGUGGGGAUUCUCAAGAGCAAAUACUUCCCGGGCCAGGAGAGCCAGAUGAAGCUCAUCUACCGCGGGCAGCUGCUGCAGGACCAGGCGCGGACGCUGCGCUCGCUCCGCAUCACCGACAACUGUGUCAUCCACUGCCACCGCUCCCGGGAGGGCAGCGCGGCCACCCCCGCCCUGCCCGAGCCCGGCCCCGCCGGCCCCGCGGCCCCGGGGCUGCCCCUGGGCGGGGGGACCCUCAUGGUCCCCACGGUGAUGGUGGUGCUGGCGCUGGGCUGGUAUUUCCGCAUCAACUACCGGCAGCUCUUCACGGCCCCGGCCACCGUGUCCCUGAUCGGUGUCACCGUCCUGGUCACCUUCCUGGCCUUCGGGGUGUACGGACAGGCGGGAUGAGGGGGAAGGAGCCGGGGAGGCACCGCGGUGUCCCUGUCCCCGCACUGUGACCGGAGCCAGCACGGUGGCAGCUCAGCUCCUACCUCCCAGCCUUGCUGUCGGACUUUACCCCCCAAAAAGGGGCUGUGCCCCCCCCUCAAACCCCACUGCCCCUGCCCAGCCCCAGCUCCGGGGAGUGGGACAGCACUGGAACGGGCCGUGGCUUCUUCCCAAGGACUUUUUAAUGCAAAUAAAGGGUGUCAAGUCA